GCCAGUCUACCGGCCGGCAUGGAUUCUAUCACCGCGAUUAAAAUGAUUUCCGGCGACGGGGUAGAGUUUUUGGUGAGUCUUCGAGAAGCGAGUCAUAGUAAAAUGUUGAAUGUGUUGUUCUCCAAUGUAUAUUCGUUUUCGGAAAAUCAAAACAGCGAGAUAACCCUCAAGAAUAUAGACUCCCACACGCUCGAUACGAUAGUAAAAUACAUCCGAUGGAAGAUUCGUUGCGAAGACGCGGGAGUUUUGGAACGUAUAACCUUUGUUGAACGAUGCGAUGUAGAGCCAAUAAUAGACGCGUGUGAUUAUUUAUUAUUGGACGAAAACGAAAACUCCAACGUGUUUACGCUUAAAGAGAUUUUAACGGGGUUUUCUUAUACCGCCGACCCGACACGACUCUGUUGCAAGUAUGUCAGAUCAAAUAUUUUCGAGAUCGAUACAGACGUGGAUAUCGUGUGUCAGACCGCCGUGGAAAACGGUCACCUGAAAUGUUUGCGAUACGCCCGCGAGACCGGUUGUCCGUGGAACGAAAGAGUAUGUGAACUGUCUGCGUAUAUAGGCUACUUGGACUGUUUGCGUUACGCUCACGAAAACGGCUGCCCAUGGGACAAGAAAACUUGUGAAAGAGCCGCGUUAGGAGGAUCGCUGGAUUGUUUGCGGUACGCCAGAGAAAACGGGUGUCCGUGGGACGAGAAAACUUGCGAGAUGGCCGGGUUCGUCGGUUCGUUGGAAUGUCUUCGUUACGCUAGAGAAAACGGCUGCCCAUGGGACGAGAAAACACACAAUAACGCAAUUGUUUGGUUCAAUUUGGAUUGUCUAGAGUAUGUGUACAAAAACGAUUGUCCGCGAAGUAAAUAUACGGAUUUUAUUUUAUUAAAUAUGUAAACAGUUUUAAAAUUACACUAAUAUAUUUUUCUUGUAUACAUUUCAAUGUUUUUUUUUCGUCGAUCGCCUGCGAAGAUUUGUAAAUCCUAAAAACGGUCUAAAAUACAAUUUACACUAGUAUAUUUUUUUUGUAUAAUAUGCCAAUAAAUCAUUUUGAUGUAUUUCAAUUGUUUUUUUUGUUAACGAGCAUCUCGGAGAUUUAUAAACCCCAGAAAACGGUCCGAUUAUAGAGUAUAUUAUUUUUUUAGUCGACGUCAGCGUUCA